AGAAGACGCGAUGGGGAACGACUAAUCCAGCACUUAAACUGAUCACUACUACAUGAGAAAUUACGAUUUAUUGGACAGCAACGAUUUUUUUCCACGGAAAAAAUGCGUGUCGAACAUCAUAAGUUACAUUUUUCACUUAGCAUGCAACUGUCGGUGUCAGCAUAGCAGAUGUAACGUUAGCCGUGGCAGCUAGCGUUAACAUGCCCACACAACUGUGAAAGUUAGAGUUAGCUAAUGUUGCUAGCUACACUAUGUAACUUAGUGUGUAGUUAACUUGUCUAGAUACAGCAUUGCGUCGUUAUCAGUGUGCCGAACGUCGGUCGUAAAAUCAUAUUUUACCCACCUCACCGAUUAACUGUCCUGUCUGUUGGGUAAACUACCUUCAAACUUUGCUUUUCAAAAAUGGCAAGCACCGUGUUGGAAGUCGGAACGGGCGUUUUCAUCAUUGCGGUCGUUUGGAUUGCAGCUCUUGUGUUUGGGAUGAUGCUGCUGAGAGCUUCUGGAUCAGCAAAGUUGGGUGUUAUCCCCAUUUUCUUACUGGCUCUCACCAUCACUUUAGUGCUGGUGUUUUUCCCUCGCAGCCCAGAGACAACUCCCCCAUUCAAAGAGAUAGAGAUUGUGGACACUUUGUUCAUCGGCCGCUACGUACUGCUGGCAGUGGUGAGUGCAGUCUUUCUGGUGGUGUUCUUCAUGCUGCUCCCUUUUCAUUUCCUGGAGCCAGUGUAUGCCAAGGCCUUAAGAACACACUAGAGCUGCCAGGGUCAGAGCUGGCACUGGGAUCACAUCGCUGAUGUACACAACUUAAGACAAGCAGGGCUGACAAGAGGCCCCCCCUUCAUAUGGAAGCAGGCCACAGAGUGCAUCCCAAACAGAAACAGCAGGAGAGCCAGUGUUUUCUUCAUGGCCAACUGUUUGCAGGUUGUUGACUGUUUAUGUACAACUGCUAGACAUGUGUUGUCCAACAGCACCCAGGGUGUUUUAUGUACAUUUUGUAUCAGUGAAUACAUGAGAUGAUUAAAUAUUUUUUUUAUUUAUACCACAGAACUGAAACACUCCCUUCACCUUUUAUAAAUAAAUGAAAUAUUCACAGUGCCACAGUGCUUUUGUUAAGUUACUGUAUAGUGUUAAUGACACUAAAUCACACACAUUUAGGAUGAGCCGGUGCACUCAGCUAAAGUUCAUUUCAAUUCAUCAUGCAUCUUAAAUGAUGUCCCAUUUACAGUACAGGUGGCUGAAGCCUGGAUAUUGCAUUUGUAGCUCUUAAACUUAAAAAAAAGCCAAUGUUAAUAUAGUAAAGACUUUUGUGGGGAUUGGAGGGAUUUUUUUCAAAUUUGGCACAAACAUCCACUUGGGCUCAACAAUUUACUGAUUUGUUUUUGGGGCUCAAAGGUAAAAGUCACUGUGACCUUGUCCAUCUUAUUCUUGUGAAGGUGAUAUUUUAAGGAUGCCUUGAGGGAGUGUCUUCGAAUUUGGCAAAAACAUCCACUCAGACUUGAGACUCAGACUCUCAAAACCACCUUGAGGGAAUUUCUACAAAUUUGCCACAAAUGUCCACUUGGGCUCAACAAUGAAGUGAUUGGACUUCAGUGGUCAAAUGUCAUGGUCAGUGCGACCUUGCAUCUGUCUUAUUCUCGUGAAAACAUUAUCUCAAGAACACCUCAAGGGAAUUUCUUAAUAUUUGACACAAACUUCCAGUCAAACUGAAGAAUAAACUGAUUCGAAUUUUGUGGUCAAAGGUGAAGUGUGAUUGUCAGUGUGACCUCACAAAAUAUGUUUUUGGCCAUAACUCAAGAAUUCAUAUGCAAAUUAUGACAAAACUAAAUACAAAUGUCUAAUAGGAUAAAAUAAUGAAGUGAAAACAUUUUGUAUCCAAAAGGUCAAAGGUCAACUUCAAUGUGACAUCAUAAUGGUCUGCAAAAACACUUUCCUGGCCAUUAUUCAGUGUCAUUUCUCAGGAACAGAGGGGGAGACAUUUGGUCAGAUACUGAAUUGAUGACACUAAUCUUGGGUGUCCACCUUGAAACUGUGCUGAUUGUUAUCUGUGCUGUUGGGGGGAAGAUGUGUGUAAAGCAUCCCUGUUGUCACAGACAUGCAUGUAAACUGUAAGAGAAACGUAACUGGUGCAUGGAGGCAUACAUCUGCAAGGCAGUAAUUCUUGUUUUUAAUUUAUUAUAGAUAAUUUGAAUCAUGCCAAUAAAAUGUACAACUUUAUUUUUUAUAACUUCAUCACAGUCAUUGAUUAUUUUAACUUUUUCCUGAAGUAGCGUGGCAGCAGAAAUGUUAGUAACCUCACACAAACAAAAACAUGACACAGAAAGCAAUGACAUUUAUUGUUUCAUUAAUGCAUAUGACUGAACAAAUGCAAGAUGUGCUACUCAUUUUAGAUGACAAGUAGUUUUUUGUUCUGUGCAGACAUGGUCAAAAUUCAAAUUGCAAAUUUUGCAUUUGUUGCUGGGUAGCAACAGAUAUUUUAGAAACACUUAUACUGAAUUUGAUGGUUA